AUGAGCAGCGACUACACCCCUGUUGACCAGAUCAAGCCUGUGAGUAGCUUUGUAUGACGAAGUGGGCGUUGUCAAAACUGGCCUCAAACGGGUGACGAUAGCAUGGGUUCAUCUUCGGCGUGCUCGACCUUGCUCGAGGUCGCCGGGGGACACGCCAGCGCCGGCGCCAAUUCGCGGCAAUUCCCCCUCGCUGACGCUCCUUUAAUGACUGCACACCUUCCUUCCACAAGGCCUACGACGAGAUCGUCAAGACCUUCCUCACUGGCAAGACCCGCUCGAUCAAGUGGCGCAAGCAACAGCUCAAGCAGCUCGGCUUUCUCAUCGUAAGAGCCAUCUUCUACUCGAAUUUGUCAUAUCGCGCGCCGUUCUAUCCACUGCCCGCUGCCCGGGCCUCGGCGAGAACGGCGCUCCGGUUGUUUCAAGCAGCCGGGACCAUCGCGAGCCAUGGCUGAGGAUGAUCUCGAUCACGCCCACGGGACUCCGUCAUGAAGCUAGAUGGCCCGUUCACCGCGACCAGAGAUGAACUGACAUCUCUCUGUCAUACGCCGGCUCGUCCACCACUCACAGCAAGAUAACGAAGCGGCCUUCAUCGAGGCGCUGCGCUCGGACUUGUCCCGCCCCGAAUUCGAGACGACCAUCGCCGAGUUGAACCCGCUCAAGACGGACGUCAAUGAAGCAUACGACCACUUGGACAAGUGGGCCAAGCCCGUCAAGGCCAAGACGACCGCGGUAUGGGCUUUGGCCAACGCUUACAUCUACAACGAGCCCAAGGGUAUGUCGAGACAUCUUUGGUGGGCCUGGAAUAAUGCGAAAAAUCUUGAUGCUGAUUUCUCUACCUCCUGUCCCACUCGCUGUAUCAGGUGCCGUCUUCAUCAUUGGAACCUGGAAUUGUGAUUUUUGAAGGAAAUAUCUUGAAGAUACACCCGAGUCUAAUUGCCCCUUUCAUUUUGACGCUCAGACCCUCUCGUGCUCCUUUUGAGUCCUUUGGUCGGCGCCAUCGCUGCUGGUUGCACCGCUCUCCUCAAGGUGAGCAACCCGCAACAGAUUGAUACCCUUUUCGUGUAAAUCUUUGUUAAGAUAUGUGAAUUACGGCUCUGCAGCCCGCCGAGCAAGCGCCGGCCGUGGCCAAGCUUGUCCAAGAGCUCUUGCCCAAGUACCUCGACACCUCGGCGUACAAGAUCAUCCUCGGUGCCGUCGACCAAGUGACGCGCGCUUUGGAACUCAAGUUUGACCACAUCUUCUACACCGGAUCCGGUGGUAUCGGAAAAAUCAUCGCCAGGGCCGCCGCCGAGCACCUGACCCCCUUCACCCUCGAACUCGGUGGCAAGUCCCCCGCAGUCGUCUUUGACGAUGCCAACAUCGACAUCACCGCGCGCAGGAUCAUGUGGGGCAAGUUCGUCAACUCGGGCCAGACGUGUAUCUCCCCCGACUACGUCUUGUGCACGGCCGACGUGCAGGACAAGCUCGUUGCGGCGAUGCAGAAGGUGUACAAGGAGUUUACGACCGAUACCAAAGGCCAGGAAAAGUCAAUGGUCAAUGGUGAAGGUUACGCACGCAUCGUCAACAUGAACCACUUUGGCCGCAUCUCGACCAUGCUCGACGAGACGAAGGGACGCGUUGUCGUCGGCGGUGGCAGGAACAAGGACGCGGGCAAGAUCGAAACCACGAUCAUUGCCGACGUCGGUGCCGAUGAUCCUUUGAUGAAAGGCGAGAUCUUUGGUCCCGUGAUGCCGAUCGUCGUCAAGCAGACCAAGGAGGAGAUGGUCGAAUUUAUCCAAGAGCGUGACAACCCGCUGGCGCUGUACGUCUUCACACAGUCGACCAAGAACAGGGACUACAUCUUUGAGCGAACCCGAUCGGGUGGAGUGAGUUUUUGUAUCUCGCUGGCUGAUCGGAAUAGAAGAACAGAGACUGACUCUGAUACCGUUGCUGCCUUUCCCCCAGUUCGUCCAAAACGACACCAUUCUGCACUUCACCAUCCCUGGUCUUCCCUUUGGUGGUGCCGGAGCAUCUGGUAUCGGAGCUUACCACGGCAAGUGGUCGUUCGACACCUUCUCCCACCAACGCGCGUCGGCCCACAUCCCGACCUGGAUGGACCUUGCGCUCAACUCGCGCUACCCUCCCUACACACGUGAGUGCUGGACACAUUUAAAGACGUGGUCUCAGGAAUCAGUCACUGACCAGUUCAUGUUCACUCGGUCUCUGAUCGCAGCCAAAAAACUCAAGAUGAUGUUACUUGCGACCAAGGCCGUGAUCAAGCGCGAGUCCAAGUGGUCGCUCAAGUCCCUCUUUGGUGUGCUAGCUGUUGUGGCUGCGAUCGUACGCUACCGUCAGAGCAAGCUCUAA